AUGUUUCGGUUUGAAACGCGUUUUAUUAUUAUUAUUAUCGUUUCAUUAAUUUUAUGCAAUUGUAAUAUUGCCGUGGGAAAAACGGAAGAUAAUAAAAUUAAAAAAAUUCCAACAUUUUUAAAAAUAUGCAGUCAAAGCGAUCCGAAUUUAAACGGUUGCGUUAAGGAUUCCGUUGAAAAAUUGAGGCCCCAUUUGGUCACGGGAAUCCCCGAAUUUGGUAUACCACCUUGCGAACCUUUGAUCGUACCGGAAAUAGUUAUUAAUCAAGGAAAAGGACCUGUAACCGUACAAUCUACAUACACGAACAUACACGUCACGGGUGCGAGUCAAUUCGUUAUAAAAAGCAUAAAAGUCGAACCAGCUAAGGAUAGAGUUAGAUUAAAAUUAUGGCUUCCGUUUUUACACAUGAUAAGCGAUUACGAUUUGGAUGGUAAAAUAUUAAUGAUGCCGAUAACCGGAAAAGGAAUGAGCGAAGGAAAUUACACCGAUAUCGAAGCGAACGUUCUCAUGGAAGGCGAACGUUUUGAAAAAAAAGGACAAACGUAUUUCAACGUCAAAGAUUUUUUCGUUCAUUUUAAUAUAGGACACGCAUCAAUAAGAUUGGACGAUUUAUUUAACGGCGAUAAAGAAUUGGGGGAUGCAAUGAAUUCGUUUUUAAAUCAAAAUUGGGAAUCAAUAGUUGACGAAAUCAAACCCGUUUUGGAAGAUCGCAUAUCCGACAUGUUUAAAACAUUUUCGAAUAAUAUUUAUCACAAAUAUCCACUCGACAUGAUACUUCCGCCAUGA